AUGUCUAAAUAUCUAGCUCCUUCCCUUACGACAUUACCAAUUGAAAUAGUCUAUCAGAUUUUUGAUAGUCUCGAUGCCCAAACGAUCUUAUCAUCAGUUCGUGGCACAUGUCGACGAUUGAAAUCACUCGCUAGCAGUUAUGACAAAUUUGUUUUGGAUUUUAUACGAAUACGAAAGCCUGAAUUUGAACUCAUUUGUCGUUUAAUUGAUCCUCGUCAAGUAAUUACUCUGAUACUUUGUCACGAAGAUGAAACAUUAUUUCAAACUGAUUUGUUUAUUUCAUAUUUUCAUAACAAGUACUUUAGUCGACUUCGUUCGUUGACUUUACUUCAUAUUGACGAACGUCAUUUCAAGUUUAUCUUAAAAUGUAUCAAUAUCAAUUCUCUUAACUCAUUUUCACUUGUAAUCAAAAAAGCUGAUGAGAGAUACAAAAAAUCAACAGCAGUACUUCUUUCAUCGAUAAUUAGCCAGAAAAAUCUUCGUCGAUUAGAAUUUGAGAUACCGCCACGACUAAUACCAAGUUCAACCUGGUCAGUUCAAUGUAUGAUUCAACAUUUGAGAAUUAGUGCAUGUACGACUUUUUGUCCGUGUACUAUUCUUCAAUGUUCACCUAUGUUACAAACAAUCUCUGUAAACUUUGAAACAUCGAAAAAAGAUCAUAUUGUCUUGGCCGAUGCUUGGAAAACGCCAUUUACACAAUUACAUUCACUGACUUUGGAAAAUUUGUCUACAAAAAUUGAAGUGCUUGAAUCAUUACUUUUACUAAUACCUUCGUUGACCAAUUUCAAGAUGAUUGGCAUUGGAAAUUUCUUUGACGGUAACCGAUGGGAACAGUUCAUUCAGGCGAAUUUACCUUUUUUGAAUAAAUUUGAGUUUUAUCUCGAACGAACUGCAGAUGCUGAUUACAAUCGUACAGAUGUCGAAUUAAUCAUUGCAUCAUUUCGAACACCAUUUUGGCUUGAAUACAAAAAAUGGUUUGUUACAUGUGAAUACAAGAUUAAUUUGCCACGAUCGAUUCUACUCUAUUCAAUUCCAAUUUGUGUGUCUUCGAUGGUUUAUCAAUCUGAAUCGACAAUAAUUUCUCUCUCUACCUUUGACGUAAAAGGUGAUAAUAAUGUAUCAAUUAUGGAUAAUAUUAAAACGAUUCGCCUAGAUUUUUCCAAAAUACUAUUAAAUGACACUCCAAAUCAGGUAAUUAUGAAUGUCGAUGUUCAAAUCUUUUUCUGUUCUAUUCUAUUUAUUCAAUUAGUAAAAUAUGAUAUAGCCUAA